AUGCCGACUCCUCCCACUAAACGUAACAGCAAAAAGACUGUCAACACUGACGAGCUCGUGUUCAGACAUGAGAUCCCGGUCAAGCGGUUCUGCAGGCCAGAGAAAUUGAGCGAUGCUCUUCGAGAUAUUUUUCGCUCAGAUGAAUGGCUCGUCGAGACCAGUGGAAAGAAUGUUGUCAUCAAGGUUGGAAGAAGGGUUGAUCUGGAGGAGGAAUUAAAAGCGCGACGUGUUAUCUUCAACUCUAUGGGGACAGCUCGGGCUCUUAGCUUCUUCCAGUUGUUUGAACAUAUUCACUACUAA